GUACGCCACUACGCUCGAAGCUCUGCUUCUUUUCUUCUUGAGUUCUAUAGCGUUCGCCGGCCAUGGGGAACCGUCAGGGCACAAUGAGGCCCAGGCGGCUCAAGAGCGCGAGAGCGACGGGGGAGGAGCUGGGGUCGUACGAGCAGGCGUGCAACGCGGACCCGGAGCUGCGGAGCUUCGACGCGGCGCUGCGUCGGCGCGCGAGCCUCGCCGUGUCGGCGGCGGCGUCCGGGGUGGAGGUGCGGUCCAUGUCCCUGGGCUCCCUCCGCGAGGUCACCGGCUGCCUGGUGGAGAUGAACCAGGAGGUGGUCCGCGUGGUGCUCGCCAGCAAGCACGACGUGUGGGGGUGCCCCGAGCUGUUGGCGCUGGUGGAGGACUACUUCGACGCCAGCCUCCACACCCUCGACUUCCUCGCCGCGCUCGACAAGGCCCUCCGCCGCGCCCGCGACGCGCAGCUCGUCCUCCACCUCGCGCUCCAGGUCCAAGACCCGGCCGUCCGGCCCCCGCGCGCGCUCGGCGCGCUGCGGCGGUUCAAGGAGGCGGCCGGCGGCGAGCCGUUCACGGACGAGUUCUUCGCCGCGUUCCAGGCCGCGUACCGGCAGCAGCUGGGCAUGCUGGACAGGCUGCGGCGGCAGAAGCGCCGCCUGGACGGGCGCCUCCGGUCGCUCCGCGUCUGGCGCCGCGUGACGGGCGUCGUCUUCGCGACCACCUUCGCGGCGAUCCUCGUCUGCUCGGUGGUGGCCGCGGCCAUCGCCGCGCCACCCGUCGCGGCCGCGCUGGCGGCCGCGGCGUCGCUGCCCGUGGGCUCCGCCGGGAAGUGGGUGGAUGCGAUGCUGAAGCGGUACCGGGACGCGCUCCGGGGGCACAAGGACGUGGUGGGCGCAAUGCAGGUCGGCACGUUCGUCGCCAUCGAGGAGCUGGACAGCAUACGCGCGCUCGUCGGCCGGCUCGAGGUCCAGGUCGGCUCCAUGGUGGACUGCGCGGAGCUGGCGGAGCGCGACGAGGAGGCUGCGAGGUUGGCGAUUGACGAGGUGAAGAAGAAGCUAGAGGCAUUCAUGAAGAACGUGGAUGAUCUCGGGCAGCAGGCGGACAAGUGUAGCCGGGACAUCCGGCAGGCCAGGACCGUCGUGCUGCAGAGGAUCAUCCAUCCCCAUUAACUGCUCAAAACCCAGGAGUAGAUCGACAGAGAUGUGAUUCGUGAUUCAUUUCACUAACAUUCAAUUUAGCCUCGUUUAGUACACCUGCUAAGUGGAUUUUGCCUCGAACUGGUUGUGUUAAAUUAAAUACUGAUGGAUCAUAUGAUGAGGACGGCUUAGCUGGGGCAGGUAUGGUGCUCACAGAUGACAUGGGCAGUAUUAUCUUUUCUUUCCACAGACAACUAUUUUGUUGUAGAGAUGCACUUGAAGCGGAAUUGUGUGCUUGCAUGAAGGGCCUUUCAUUUGCCAUUCAAAGAAGUGAUCUUCCAAUUAUCAUUGAGAUGGAUUCAAUCGUUGCAGACAAGCUUAUCCAGGCGAAAGAAACAGAUAGAUUGAUCUUUACUUCACUUAUCAAGGAGAUUAGGUAUCUCAUGAAUCUUCGUGAUUGUUGUAUUACUCAUGUAGCUCGCUCAUAAAAUAGAGUUAGUGAUAGUCUAGCUAAUUGUGCUCGUACUGAAGGGAGAACCAUGACAUGGGUAGGUUCUGGCCCUGAUGAGUCUCUAGUGCUAGCUGCUGAUGAUUGUAAGGACUUGGUGAGUUGAGUAAUACAAUUAUUUCACCCGCA